AUGUCAACAGUUCAACAGAAAUUGGCCAUUUGCAGCUCAAUUGCUUUGCGAAUUGCGACUUAUAUCUUUCUCCGCAUCAUUCCUGGUCAUCCAUUGCCUCCCAUUAUCUAUACUAUUUUUGCACUCUACGUGCCCUCCUUCAUUGCUAGUCUUCUAACGCAGACCCCGUAUGCAGUGGUAGCAGAUGAUAUCAACAUCACCGUUACCGAGACAGAGCACGAAGACCAGCCGCCAGCACCUGCUUUAAUUGCUGCAAAAUCUCAAAAUAUAUCGGGGAUGGACAAAUUAAAGCAUGUGGUGGAAGAAGGUGAAGUUAACAAGACAGUCGUGAUAGAGGAAAAAUCAUCAACGCCACUUCGUACAAUUCUGACAGGCGCGCCUGAUCCUGUAUCGCCUUUUCUCUCACUCUUGACGUUUAUGAUCAAUGUGGGUAUGGUUCUAGCCACGAUAGAUUUAGUAUAUCAUGCAAAAGUGUUUCAUCCUAGCACAGAGCUUUCGUUCGCACGAAUGGGCUACAUUGCCUCUACGGAAGCAAAUCUUCUUGUUCGAGAACCAGAUAUUUCUAAGCUUCCUAUAUCCGUCACUUACAAAUUAGCAACUCCUGCGGCCGCUUACGAAGAUUCGAAGUCACAAAUCGCCGGAACGAUACAUACUUUGUCAGAAGACACGGAUUUCACCCAGGCUCUGAAAUUUUCAUUGCCCAAUCAUCCUGAGAGGACUUAUCAAUGGACUACGUCAAACAACCAUACGGGGUUUUUCACGACUCCUCCAAAACCUGGACAUCUUCCUCAAUCGGGGCUUUUCACAUUUCUCACAUCCAGUUGCAUCAAACCGCGCUUCCCUUACAGCCCUUUUGACCAUCCUUUGGCAAUCCCUGGCUUCAAGCAUAUGGCAGAUGUCAUCAACACAGUUCCUGGAGGGUCUCAGUUUAUGCUCUUUCUUGGUGACUUCAUUUAUAUCGAUGUUCCAAAAAGAUUCGGAGUGACCAUGGAAGAUUAUCGCCGCGAGUAUAGACAGGUUUAUAGUUCCCCGGAUUGGCCGGCUGUUGGGCAAAAUCUAAGCUGGAUACACGUGCUCGAUGAUCAUGAAAUUGCUAAUGACUGGGACAAGAAAACAGCAGGGGUUUACGCAGCAGCAGCUGAUCCGUGGCACCAUUAUCAAACAGCCGUCAACCCUCCACGAGCUCGGCAGGCUGGGACUUACAACAUUCUCAGAGAUGGCGCUACCUACUUUGAGUUCACGCAAGGACCUACUUCGUUUUUCUUGAUGGAUACCAGAACAUAUCGAGAUUCUUCCUCCGAGCUACCUGCCAAUAGCACUGGAAAGUCAAUGCUUGGUGCGAAACAGCUCGCUGAUCUACUCCAGUUUCUCAAGAAACCUGAGCCAAAGGGUGUUAAGUGGAAAAUUGUAGCAUCUAGCAUCCCAUUCACGAAAAACUGGCGUGUCAAUAGUAUGGAUACUUGGGCUGGCUACCUUAACGAGCGCCAGAUAAUUCUCGAAGCGAUGUGGGAUGUUGGCCUCCUUGGAGGCUGUGGGGUUGUGAUCAUCAGUGGAGAUAGGCAUGAAUUCGCCGCAACGGCCUUUCCGCCCCCAUCAAACGGAUGUUGGCCAAUCAGCGCGACCGUCAAUGAGUUUUCCACCAGUCCCCUCAGUCAAUUCUAUCUGCCAGUCCAUACUUAUUGGCAAGCUGAUGAUGAUGAUAUUGAGAUCAAAUAUGUCCCCGGCGGUAAUUCGAAGUUGGGAGCCAUUACAAUUGAAAAUACUGCCGUCGACCAAAGCACUCUAAAAUUCCGUCUCUACGUUGAUGGCCAUGAGGUUUGGUCAUCCAUCCUCCUCUCACCACCUGCCAUUUCCGGGGGUCUGUGA